AUGCAAGCCAGCCCCAUCCGUAUCCCAACUGCUAGCAAUGACAUCGACUGGGAUUUCUGCUUCCGUAUGUCACAGCAAAGCGAGAUCCCAGCUCACCAGCAAACAGAUAAGUUGUAUCAUACCAGUGGAUGUGGAGAGAGUGAAGAGGAAACUAAAGCUAAAGAAGAGGAGAAGGCCAUAGACUGUAUGUCUCAUCCCAAAGAGAAAUUAGCCCAAUCCCAGAAGAAAGUAGCUCAGCUGAUUAAGAAAAAAAUGAAUACUCAAGCAAACAAGGAGCUGAUUCGAUGUGCCAUUCUUUCUCGGAUUAUUUUUGGGGACCAUCACUGGAAAUGUGCACAAGCUGUGACCAACCUAGCUUAUGGCUACUUGACACUGAGAGGCCUCCCAGUUCAGGCCAAGAAACAUGCUGUGUCGGCCAAGAAUACACUGUUGACCUGGAAGGCAAAUACGACCUCAGAUAAGGAGAAAGAGGAGAUCCUGGAAGCUCUGGUCAUGCUGUACUACACUCUGGGGGUGGCCUGGCUCCUGCAGAACCGUGGCAGAGAAGCCUAUUUCAACCUGCAGAAGGCAGAAAUAAACAUGAAGGAGCUGAAAGAAUUAUAUGAAGGAGGCGUUUGUGAAUUACAAGUCUCUGAUAAAGACCUAACACUUGCUUUGGGCAGAGCCUCCUUGGCCAUCCACAGAUUGAACCUAGCACUGACAUACUUUGAAAAGGCAAUUGGCGAUGUUAUUGCUGCCAAGGGUGACAGGACGUCAGAUCUGAUCAGCCUGUAUGAGGAAACUGCUCAGAUGGAGCAGCUAAGGAGGAACCACAACCAGGCCAUCCAGUACUUGCAGCAGAUGCUGUUGAGACAUAUUUCAUAAAAAGUAUCAAUGCAUAUCGAGCAACACUGGGCUCAGAGGAUUUUGAAACACUGAGCACCACUGAAGAAUUUUGCAAAUGGCUUGUCCAAAAUGGAGAAAAACAGG